AUGUUCUUUCAUGCCCAAUUCUGCGUUGCAGUUGAUCCAGUUAGUCGGUGUUCUUUGCAUCUUCUGACAUAUGGAAUAGAUUUAGAUGUGGGUUUGAGUCUAAUGAUAAUUCUGAUUAUGAGCAUACCUUGUGCUCGAGAUGGUCCUGAGUCUGCUGACUGGACUGAGAAGAGGAUGGUGGUGGUGGAUGAAAUGGAUGAUUGGGUGGUGUUGCUGGCACUGGGAAUGGGGAUGGUGCUGGUGGUGCAAUUGGAUGAUGUGGUGGAGGAACUUUUGGAGGUUUUGGCUAGUUGCAGCCGUUCAGGUCUAAUAGAUGAAGGCUGGAGGACUUUUAGUCAAUACAAAUUUCAUUAUGGGGUUGAAGCUAGUGUAGAGCACUAUGCUUGCAUGGUGGACCUCUUAGGUCGUUUUGGAAAUCUCGAGGAAGCUCAUGGAUUGUUACAGAAUAUGAAGUUACAAGACGAAACAGCAAGUGUCUGGGGUGUGCUACUAGCUGGUUGUGUGAAGCACAAGAAUGUCAGUAUUCGUGAAAUAGCAUCUCAUUAUGGUAUAGCAAUAACCAGAGCAAAGAUGAGAGAAUUGGAUUUGGCUAAAAUUCCUAGAUGUAGCUGGAUAACAAUAGCAGGAACAUUACACAAAUUCUACCAAGGAUAUCAUUUUCAUCCAUUGACAAAAGUGGUGUGUGAAACUUUAAAUGGAAUGAUCAAGGUGCUAAUGUGGCCUCAUGAUUUUGAACUGUGA